CUGACCGGAUGGUCGCUGGAAGUUUUGUUUUGUGAGUUUCGGCUGCGGAUAAAUUAACUUAUUUAAAUGUGAUGUUUCUCGUCAGUUAAAGGCUCUUGAGACUUGUUAAGCUGUUUAAGUCUUGCUUCCCAGUGACGGGCCGAUGAAUGAAGGUGUUUGAAGGGUGAAAACUAAAGCUUGGAAGUAACCCGAGCACCCCCUGCAGCAGCGCUUGUGUCCGGGAGAGACGAGACGAGUCGAGUCGAGCCCGAGUGAAGCCAUGGGGAACCGGGGGAUGGAGGAGUUGAUCCCCCUGAUCAACAAACUCCAGGACGCUUUCAGUUCCAUCGGCCAGAGCUGCAACCUAGACCUCCCGCAGAUAGCCGUGGUCGGGGGACAGAGCGCCGGAAAAAGCUCAGUCUUGGAAAAUUUCGUCGGCAGGGACUUUCUCCCUCGCGGUUCAGGCAUCGUCACUCGCAGGCCUCUUAUUCUGCAGCUAGUCAACAAUAAAGCAGAGUAUGCAGAGUUUUUGCACUGUAAGGGGAAGAAGUUUGUGGACUUUGAUGAGGUUCGGCAGGAGAUCGAAGCAGAGACGGACAGAAUUACGGGCUCUAAUAAGGGCAUCUCCCCCAUUCCCAUCAAUCUGAGAGUCUACUCCCCUAAUGUGUUGAAUCUGACUCUCAUCGACUUGCCGGGGAUGACCAAGGUUGCUGUGGGUGACCAGCCCGUGGACAUUGAGCACCAGAUUAGAGACAUGCUUCUACAGUUCAUCACCAAGGAUAGCUGCCUCAUCCUGGCCGUCACCCCGGCCAACACUGACCUGGCAAACUCUGAUGCUCUGAAGAUCGCCAAAGAGGUGGACCCACAGGGAAUGCGCACAAUCGGUGUGAUCACUAAGCUGGACCUGAUGGAUGAGGGAACAGAUGCUCGAGACAUCCUGGAGAACAAGCUCUUACCGCUGCGCAGAGGCUACAUUGGGGUGGUGAACCGCAGUCAGAAGGACAUCGAUGGCCGGAAGGAUAUCCGUGUGGCUCUGGCCGCUGAGAGGAAGUUCUUCUUGUCCCAUCCUGCUUACCGGCACAUGGCUGAGCGAAUGGGGACACCUCACCUGCAAAAAACUCUCAAUCAGCAACUGACUAACCAUAUUCGGGACACAUUGCCGGGUUUGCGCAGUAAACUGCAGUCUCAGCUACUGUCUCUGGAGAAGGAAGUGGAGGAGUACAAAAACUUCCGUCCAGAUGACCCCACGCGCAAGACCAAGGCUCUGCUGCAGAUGGUGCAGCAGUUUGGGGUGGACUUUGAAAAGUGUAUUGAGGGCUCAGGAGAUCAGGUGGACACUGUGGAGCUGUCCGGCGGUGCCAGGAUCAACCGCAUCUUCCAUGAGCGAUUCCCCUUCGAGUUGGUCAAGAUUGUGUUUGACGAGAAGGAGCUGCGGCGAGAGAUCAGUCAUGCCAUCAAGAACGUCCAUGGUGUCAGAACUGGGUUGUUCACCCCCGACCUUGCUUUUGAGGCCAUCGUGAAAAAGCAGAUCCUCAAACUCAAAUCACCCAGUCUGAAGUGCGUCGACAUGGUGGUGUCGGAGCUCACCACCCUCGUCCGGAAGUGUGCUGACAAGCUGGGCUCCUACCCCCGACUUCGAGAGGAGACCGAGAGAAUAGUCACUACACACGUCAGAGAGAGAGAGGGCAAGACCAAGGACCAGGUUCUGUUGCUGAUUGACAUUGAGCUGUCCUACAUCAACACCAACCAUGAAGACUUCAUUGGAUUUGCCAAUGCUCAACAGAGAAACACACAUGUGAAUAAGAAAAGGGCUAUUCCAAACCAGGGCGAAAUACUGGUGAUCCGCAAGGGAUGGCUCACCAUCAACAUCAGCAUCAUGAAGGGAGGAUCCAAGGAGUACUGGUUCGUCCUGACCGCUGAGUCACUGUCUUGGUAUAAGGAUGAAGAGGAGAAGGAGAAGAAGUACAUGCUUCCUCUGGACAAUCUGAAGUUGAGAGAUGUAGAAAAAGGUUUCAUGUCCACGAAACACAUCUUUGCGAUCUUCAACACCGAACAAAGGAACGUUUAUAAAGACCUGCGUCAGAUCGAGCUGGCGUGUGACACUCAGGAGGACGUGGACAGCUGGAAGGCCUCGUUCCUGCGAGCGGGAGUUUACCCUGAAAAAGAUCAGACGGAGGCAGAGGAUGCUGCUCCAACAGACACCUUCUCCAUGGACCCUCAACUGGAGAGACAGGUGGAGACGAUCCGGAACCUGGUGGACUCUUACAUCGGCAUCGUCAACAAGUCCAUCAGAGACCUAAUGCCCAAAACCAUCAUGCAUCUAAUGAUCAACAGUACUAAGGACUUCAUCCACUCUGAGCUGCUGGCCUAUCUGUACUCGUCAGGUGACCAGAACAGCCUAAUGGAGGAGUCUGUUGACCAGGCUCAGAGGAGGGAUGAGAUGCUGCGCAUGUACCAUGCCCUCAAGGAGGCACUCGGCAUCAUCGGUGACAUCAGCACCUCCACCGUCUCCGUGCCUGUCCCACCACCUGUCAAUGACAGCUGGAUCCCAGAGGCCAGCCCCACCCCUCAACGCCGGCCACCUGCUACAGCCCCGCCCCCCAGCAGGCCCCCAGCAGUUAGAGGCCCCACCCCAGGACCUCCACCUCUCAACCCAUCCCCUGCUUUCGGGGCCCCACCUAUCCCCUCACGCCCAGGGCAGCCCGUCAACGCCUUCAGUAACAGCAGCCAAGACCCUUUCAGUGCUCCCCCUCAGAUCCCCUCUCGUCCAGCCCGUGUGCCCCCAGGGGUGCCCAGUCGAAGACCCCCCGGCGCCCCCCACCGGCCCACCAUAAUCCGCCCCGCCGAGCCUUCCCUUCUAGACUAGGAGACUAGGCCAGUGCUCCACACACAGCUGCGAAUCGGGGCCAACAUCAAAACGAGCGAGAGAGAUAGAGAGCAUAAGAGAACUAGAGAGAGAGAGAGAGAGAGAUAUGGGGCUACAGGGCACUGUGUAUAAUACGAAUAUACAUCCAGCCUGACCAACAGACCUGUCUAUUUCACUCACUGUCGUCUGAUGAACGCUGCUAAUUUCCUCCUUUAGAUCUUUUUAAAGUCCUGGGGACUAAAUGCAGGCUCCAGAUGCAGACCUAUUUAGAUGUUCUGGUUUGUUGAAUAAUUUUUUUUUUGUUUGUUUUAUUUAAUUUUUUGGGUUGAGCUGAGGUGGUGUGCUUGGCUUCCUGACUGUUAUUUCAGCUGUUUACACAGUUGUCCACUAGGGGGCACCAUGAUAUACCUGUGUAGAUAAAACCCCCGUUUGCUCUGGUUUUGCUCUGAGUGGGGUACUUUUGAACUUCUCCAAAUGGUGGAAGAAAUUUUUAUAAAAGGCUGUUUCCGGCUAUUUAUGGUCGAACUAGCCGAUCCUUUCUACUCUCCAUCUAUAGUGAUCUCUUGAUGUGUAAUAUACUCUCUAACAUAUUUUGGGGGGCUGUUUCCUUGACUAACUGAUAUCAUGCUGAAAACAAGAUACCAUCGUUAUUGUUGUUCUCGUUACGGAAUUUUUGUUUUGAUGUUCCUUUGUUCACUUGAGGGUUUCUUUUUAAUAAAUGUGUAUAUAACUUAUCGGGCACCCACUUCAACCCUGCACUUACAUCAGAUGCAAGAUCAGACGCAAACUAGGUGCUCAGUCACGAGUGAGUGACCAGGCACUGGCUUAAAAUUCCUUCCAGAUUGACCGCCACCCUCUUCCAUGACCGCAAACUGUAAAUACAUGUUGUUAACAGUUAGCAGGGAUGCACAUUAGAUAGUUCAUCACAUGCAGACUGAUUAGAGUGCUGUGUCUGUAAGUCUCAGCCGUUGAAGAGCACUUAGAUUUUAGGUGUAGGGGAAGGUUUGGUGGAGCUGGUAUGUGUAUGCAUUUUUGUUUAUACGUAAUAAUCUGUGUAUAUGAAAAUAAUCCUGGAAGCAUGAUAACCACUCGCGAUUUUUGGGGGGGGGGUUGGGAAGCUACUCUGCCUUGAUAGCGUCUCAGGUGACAGCCAUGUUUUAGCGUCCCCGUCCGUUAACACAGUUUUAGUUAGUUCGGUUCUUGUAAGGUUUGUGUAAUUUAAGUUAAUCUCUCGAGGCCUUAUGAUUGCCUUCGUUUCAUGUUCAGGGAAGGACAGAGUGUCAUCGGGGUGGAGGGAGCUAUUGAGCACGAUCAACCUGAAGAGCACUGGAGUGGGGCAGUUUGACCAUGUAAUGCUAAUGUGGCUAGCAGUGACUAUUGAGGGCUGGGUAUCGUUAAAAAGACUAUAAUUUUACUUCAUUUCACUUUUAACGUUUGCACCAAUAUAUAGGGAUUUUACACUGUAUAAACAGUAAAAUGAAUAAAAUGCAGAUAUUUGAGCAAAAUAGCCCAACAUCACCUAAAUGUUCUGGUGUUUUGGAGUACAGUAAAUACAUCAAAUAUCAGUUUGAAAUAUCAGUCAAAUUUAAUCAUCUGUCGUCUGCCCAUAAUUGUUUUACAGCAAAAAUACCAGUACGCUUCUGAUAUCAUUGUGCAUUCUUAACCUGUUUGAUUCCUAAACUGUGCUUUUUGUUUACUAACCAGAAGUGGGCAUGGCUUAAACCAAGAUGUGAAUGUAAAGACCCCAGCAGACUGCAGACCAAACAAGAAGCACUUGUGCUGACAUGCUUUCAGAAAGUAAUUUAAACAGCCAGUCUGGAUUCUCUGUCUAGAUUUGUGAACAAGCAUGCCUGUUGGUUCACAGAUGCCAAGACUAAUUACGGUGCUGAAAUUGACUAUUUAUUAACGUUUUUUAUACUCUGGAUUUGGUCGGUACUAAAAAGAUGUUAAAUUUUGAUACCCAGCCCUACUGAUGAUGCUGACAUGGCUGAGUAACUGAAAGCCAGUGAUAUCAGUUAAGAUAGGUGUCAGCAUUCAUCCACUGAAAGCCACAUAUUGUCUGUAGGGGGUGUUUGAUCAUACAGUGCUAAAGUAUCUAUCUAGCAGUAGUUAGCACAAGACCAGGUGGGCCUAUUUGCUUUCAUGCAUUUUGAGCCACUUUAGCACCCCUGAAGACACAUUUGUCUCCAGACGAUUUUAAGACAAUAUGAAAAUAUAUGAGCAGGGUCAUAAAAAUGGGGCACUUGCAGGUGUGUAGGGAUCGUGAUGUGUUUUGAAACAGAAAGGUGAAAAGCACUGAGCUGGUUUGCAAAUACAAAGACACUGACGUAGAGAAGGGCAGGAGGAGUAAUAACCAAACAGGUGAGGUUUUAACGUAGCGGUGGUUUGUACUAAUAGACGCACUAACAGGGCUGCUGGAAGGGACAGCUUAGGGAAUAGACAUGCAGAGCUUGGAUCUUUUUGAGUGUAUUAUUUAUAACCUGGGCAUUUGUCAUUGAUGUUUUGAUUUCCAGUUUCACAAGCAAUGUUUCUUUCUCCCGUGUGCAUUCAGUGUAAGCAUUAUUUGGACGGGAUUAGUUUUUGAGUGGUAAUGUCAUUUUUAACCAGCUAUGGUUGGGGGCACUCAAAGAAGUGUUCUCUGUAGCUGAAAUCAAGCUAAUAUGUACUGCCCUACCUGAAGUGCACCACUCCAAACAUUAAAUGAUGCAACAUGAUUUUUUUGCACCAAUGUUGACUGUUGGCUGUAACUUUCCAAAUGAUAAUGACCAUUUUUUGUUAGUUUUUUGUUUGUUUGUUUAUUUGUUUUUUUUAAUGAAGGCGGUGCAUAAAUCAUGUUGUCAAUACUAAACCGGUUAUCUUUGCUCAGAUUUUUCAUCCUGUGCGCACCAGUCAUAAACAUAGACGUCCUGUGGUAAAAUUGCAUUAACCCACCUUCCCAUGUAAACCACAUACCGUCUGAGUAGUGCUAUAGGCAGAGAUCUCUUCAAACUAUGGGGCAGCUUGUAGACCCUUCUGUUAUUUCCCACUGUGCCCAGCAAUAGUGAAACUCACACACAGAUGAACGGUGGGGUGAAUAAUGAUCAGCUUUCUCUGGGUUUCCUAUUGUUUCUGAUCUAAUUGCAGAAUGAGGGGUUCGGUGUUAGGUUUUAUCUGAGAAAUGAAAAGGGUGAUGAUGAUGAUGAUGAUGAUCCUUUGUUUUCACUUUGGGUUGAUUAUGACUUGUGUGGAGAUGGACGGGAUGCAAGGGAAAGAACAUGUUCUGUCCAGAGAAUCCUAUUGAUGUUAUUGACCUCAAAGUCAAGUACAUGAGUUCAUACUAUCUAACCAGUAGCUCUGAAUGCUGUAGAUUCUCCGGGCAGAAUCGAGAGUUCUCCCCCGACUCCCCUUUUUAACUUAAUACAUGGUGUGGCUACAAUGAAGGAGACCGGUAUGUUUUAAGGUUUUGUUUUCCACAGAAUUUUAUAUAGAAAUAAUUUUAUUGGGGAAAUAUCAUGCAUAUCUGUCCCAAUGGAAACUUGAAUGAGAACCAGGCUCUCAUCGUCAUUGUAGCCAUGCUUCUGUGAUUUUUUUUUUUUUUUUUUUUUUUUUUUUUGACCCAACCCCACAUGCCCACCCCGCCCCACUACCCCUUCUCUUCGUACCUCUCAUCUCUCGGGUUUGGGGUGGGGGAACCAGUUGACCACCUGUAUAGUCGUUCACCUGUUUGUAUUGCUUGUUUGGUUUUGUUUUUGAAAUCAUAAAUCCUUGUCAAGUGCCUCUGUAGGUAUUAAUGCACUCUGAGCUGAAGAGAAAUGGUGAGAAUUGGAAAAUGAGCUAAUAAAGAGGUUUUGUGUACCAUAAAA